AUGUUGUUCAAGGCCCUCGUGGCUCUCUCGACCCUGGCGGGUGUGGCUCGCGCCGUGCCCGCGGCCGUGCCCGCCGAUCGUCGACCAGGCAAGGGCGCAUGCCCGAGCCCCGGCAAGGGUGUCUAUGACUGGCCGCUCGACUGGGACCCCCUUGGCUUCGUCUCCAAGGCCCGCGUGGGCAGCCCCGGGUUCGAGUACAAGCUGUUUGUCGACUGGACGUGGAUCAGCCACAUCGUCGGGUCGCCCAAGUGCUUCGGCCAGUGGGAUCCCAAGCUCUGCCUGCACCCGGACCAGGUCUACUGGGACCCUCGAAACUCGAGCACCUUCAAGAACCUGUCGAGCGUGUACCAGGACCGCACGUGGAAGCCCAACCACAUCUUCUUCGAGAACCCCCUGCACGUCGAGUACGGAUCUGAUCUUGUGCAAAUCGGCCCCGUUUCCAGCCGAGCCGUCCUGCAGCUGACGGAUUUUACCUUUAACGUGUCCCAGGCCAUGGGAGCUGCGUACCCCUUUACUGGCAUAUUUGGCAUGUCGCCUGUGUACAAGGGCGAUGGACCGGACUAUCAAUCUGCCUUUUACCAGCAAUGGAAGGGCGGAUCCUGGAAGAGCGGCCUGGCGGGCUUUGUGUACUGCUAUGAGGAGGCCCGCAAGAAGACGGUCUGCAAUGGCCACGACGGCAUCCAGACCAUGGGAGGCAUCCGUAAGGACCUCAUCAAGGGGGAAAAGAUCUGGUGGUACGACGUCAAGCUGUACCCCGACGUCAACGAUCUCGCCUUUGUGUACAAGCCCGCCAUGUAUAACUACUGGGGCAUCGAGCUCGAUGGCCUCAAGAUCGGAAGCGAGUCGCAAAGGGUGGAGCCGACGUCCAACAAGUCGGGCAAGGCGGCCAUCUUCGACCACGCCAGCUACGGCCGCGGCACGCCCCUGACGCCCAACGCGUAUGCCCGGCUGGUCAAGCUCACGGACGGCAAGCCCGUCAAGCCCAAGAGCCCGCCCAACAACGGGCCGCAGUCCUCUUACUCGGUCGACUGCUCCAGGAUUUCGUCAUUUCCGACUCUCAAGUACAAGUUUGCCGGGCACUCGCGGGAGUGGGAGGUGACUCCCAAGAUGUACGUCGAGAAGAUGAAGGACGGCAGUUGCUUGCUCAACGUCCGCGCCCUCGCGAGUGGCGACAGGUUCAUCGGCAACUUUGGAGAGACGUUUGCCAAGGAAAAGUACAUUGUGCUCGACUUUGAGCGCAACCGUGUUGGUGUUGCCGACAUGCAGUGGUAG